UUUGCAUUAUGAUGUACGUAUAUCAGUAGUUAGUGCGUUUUGGUAAAUAACGUACACGCACUAUUAAGAGCUAAGAGGCUGAAAUGCGCAGUGUAUUUCAAAAUACGUAUAAGCAAUUCGAUAUGUAAACCAUGCCGUACAGGCGUACACCAUUUGAAAGGCUUGCAUCACGAAGUCAUGUAAUGCAUCACUGACGUCGUCUUUAAAAUUCACGGCUUGGUGUUCUUGAACGAGCAGGAACGAGGAGAGUGGCUGUGGGCGGAGCUAAGAGCCGGUUUUCUUCCGCCUCAGAAAUGCUCAUGUUCAAGUGUCACUCCAACUCUGUUUUUUCCGCUUCAUCGUCGGAACGUGGAGCGAACGCGGGGGUUCGGUGCAUUACUUCUCAAGUAAAUGUCAAACUACCAGGAUUUCGGCGGGGGUACUCCAUUACGUCGGGAUAAACGCUCUUGUCACCUAAGAGCAAACCUCCGCGACUUGACAUUGCGAGCGCACUUUGCCGCGAGAGGUUAAUGCAGCACACUUAAAAGGUUUUUUUUCAUCAUUCUGCGCCUCUUAAUUCAGAAUCUCACCGGUAAGCCUCUUCGGACUUUGUUAGCACUAAGACUGCAGCCACGAGACUUGCGUGUGAGAGGUGUUCGAUAGAAGCAGGUCGACUGCACUUUGCUGCCCGCACUUAGUAAAUUAACAUGGUUGGCUCAAAAAUAGUGCCCAAAGUAACAAUUAUUUUUUUGUUGCGGAAUUAUUUGGUGACUGUCUAACCCGAAUUGCCAGAAUAUAGGAAAUAGAUGUCAGCGAGAGAUUAAUUACAAUGAGGGAUUUAGGACGAUAAUUGGCAUCAAAUUCUCUAAAUAUUACGGUUUUUUUCGCUUUUCCCCAAGAAAUCAGCAUGGGUACUAAAAUAAAUGUGCGCUGUACUAUCUCAUACAGCCUACUGGACGUCGUUAUUGCCACGGUCCUCUACAUUCAUGGAUCACAUAUUAACAUAUUUCUGGAGGAUUGCUUGAACUUUAGCAUUCUGCGGUCAGUGUUGGACAUCUGGGGGACUGCACUGCUUCGAGCUUCUCUCCUGCUGGGUGCCUCUAUUGGGGUUCUUUGGAACGGGGAGCAUGGACCACAUAGGUUGAGGAAACUCACAACCCUCAUCCUCUUAGUUUGCCAGACCAUCAUAACGUAUACUCUGGCCAAGCUGCUGAUGCUGAGUGAAGUUGAGCCGCUAUCUCAUCGUCCCUGGUCUUUGAGUCUGAUUUGCUGGACCUGUUUCUCCUCAUUGGCAGUUUUGGUACUGUGGUGGGUUCUAGGGAAGGAAAAUGGCAACAGACAUAGACUGGGACAUUGUGAGGACACAGAGAAGUUGCUUGACCCAGAUUGUGAAGAGGAGGAAAAGGAAGGGUGCAGUGAGAGGAAGAACACUUGUGAGAAAGAAGAAAGCGUGAAGACCACCACAGGAGCAACAUUGGGGCGUCUGCUGAGCUACACAAAAAAAGAUGGCAGACUUUUAACUGUCGCCAUCAUUUUCCUCAUCAUCUCUGCUGUGUGUGAAGCUUUUAUACCAUACUAUUAUGGUAAGGCUAUAGAUAGCAUUGUGGUUCACCACAGCAUGGAAUACUUUGCUAAACCCGCCAUCACACUGACAGCCCUGGCCUUCACCAGUUCAAUUGCAGUUGGCGUGCGUGGAGGUGUGUUUACACUCACAUUUGCACGAUUGAAUCUUCGGUUCAGGAACCACCUCUUUAGAACUCUGAUGAAUCAGGAUAUUGGCUUCUUUGAUGAGAACCAUACAGGUGACAUCACUUCACGUCUGUCAGCUGACACCACCCAAGUGAGUGACCUCAUCUCCCAGAACAUCAACGUGUUCUUGAGGAGCACCAUCAAGGCUGUUGGCUUUCUCAUUUUCAUGUUUGGGAUGUCCUGGAAGCUAACGCUAGUCAACAUGAUGGGGCUUCCUUUUAUUGCCCUUCUGUCUGAGUAUUAUGGCAAUUACUACAAGAAACUAACGAAAGAGGUGCAAACAACCCUUGCAAAGGCUAACAAAGUUGCAGAAGAAACCAUUUCAGCCAUGAAGACAGUACGAAGCUUCGCUAACGAGCAUCGAGAGGCUGACUCCUACUACGACAAGCUCGUUGUCAUGUAUCAUCUUAACAAGAAACAAGCCCUGGCAUAUGCUUGCUAUAUGUGGUCCAGUUGUAUCUCAGAGCUUGCUCUAGAGGUGACCAUCCUUGCCUAUGGUGGGCACCUUGUGGUUACUGGUCAGAUGGAAAGCAGCCAGCUGUUAUCAUUUUUCAUAUACAUGCUUGAAAUGGGGGAAUGUUUGGCGAACAUUGCAUCAGUUUACUCAGGCCUCAUGCAGGGUGUGGGAGCUGCUGAAAAGGUUUUUGAGUACUUGGACAGAAAACCUGACCACCCAGCAGAUGGUACAGAGACUCUGGAGACAUUCACUGGUCUGGUGGACUUUCAGGAUAUCAAGUUUGCCUACCCUACUCGGCCAGAGAUUGAAAUACUCAAGGGAGUGUCAUUCACUCUAAAGCCUGGCGAGGUAACUGCCCUGGUGGGACCUUCAGGCAGCGGAAAGAGCUCUUGCGUCAACCUAUUGGAGAACUUCUACGUUCCUCAGCAGGGUCAAGUCCUGUUGGAUGGAAAACCUGUUCAUAGUUUCCAGCAUGGAGACCUCCACUCUCAGGUGGCGCUUGUGGGCCAAGAGCCAGUGCUUUUUGCACGAACAAUUGAGGAGAACAUCACUUAUGGUCUGAUUGAUGUCCCCAUGGAGGCUGUCAUCCAGGCAGCCACAAAAGCAAAUGCUCAUGAUUUCAUCAUGGACCUUCCUCAAGGAUAUCAAACGAGUGUUGGUGAGAAAGGCGCACAAUUGUCAGGUGGGCAAAAACAAAGGGUGGCGAUUGCAAGAGCUCUUGUCCGACACCCUCGUGUUCUUAUCCUGGAUGAAGCAACCAGUGCCUUGGAUGCAGAAAGUGAACACAUUGUUCAGCAAGCUCUCAACAACAUCAUGAGGGAGCACACUGUGUUAGUGGUUGCACAUCGGCUCAGUACUGUUGAAAGGGCAGACAGCAUCAUCGUGAUUGAUAAGGGCCGUGUGGCUGAACAGGGAUCUCACGGUCAGCUGAUGGCCAGUGGGGGCCUGUACUACAAACUGGUGCAGCGACAGGUUCUCGGCAUCGAGACGGGGGAUGAAGUUCUAAAUCUUUCAGAGAAUUCCUCCUGGAAGCCUGAUGGAUACCAACGUAGCAGACAAAGCAGCAGUGCAAGUGAUCAAGAGUACAAUCCUCGCUAUUGAGAAUAAACUGUGUGGAAAAGUU